UUUUCACUCUUCAGUAGGUUUUUCUGCUGUUCCAUCGAAGUGUGAACGCGCCCUAAAGGAAUAGGAGGCCAGAGAUGAAAGAGAACGAACGUAAUGAAACAUAACCUAUCAAAAGUAUCAAAUGUGCUCGUGUUACUAUGCUUGGUGAAACCAUUUUGUCGAAUAGUUUAUACCAUAAUUUAGGACAAUUUAAUAAAAAUGACAGACUCCGCUAACGAAGACUCGAUAACGGAACUGAACACGCAAUUGAAUAAAUCGAUGGUAUUGAUGGAAAACGUCGAAAAUAUGCCAUCUUCAAAUCAUAAGCGUAAAUCUAUCACGAUAAAGACAGAAGAGCAGCUGUCCAAAGUGCGUAGCAGUCCUGUUAAAUCACGCAAAAGCAUUCUGAAAAAAUCUAACAAAUCGCUUAACAAAAGCGCGGCGGAUGAUGAGAUUGUGCAAACUUCAAACGACGACGCUAACAGAUCUAACGAAGUGACAUUUAACGGAUUGUCAUUAUCCACCUCAGUUUUGCCCAGACCGCACACUCUUAAAGAAAUAGUUGAAAAGGAGACAUUGAAUGAGGAAAAUGUAUCUUCUACAUUUAAUUUGGAGGAUGUAUCGGACAGUGAAGAAAUCUGGAUAAUGGACAUUCCUAGAUUAAUAGAGCCACAAGAUCUUCUUGGUCAGACUAUAGUUUUCAAAAACAAAUCAAAGUUCAAAAUUAAAGACGAACGAUAUUGUAUAGUCACUCAUAACACAAAUCACAAUGUCACAUGUGUUCUUCAUUCCAAGAAGGAUGCUCCACAGUACAAAACUGUAAAUAUCAAGCCAGCUGGUUUCUUGUCAGUAAGAAGAAAAUUGUCUGAAGCGCCAGAAGUAAAGCCGGUACCUACCGAGAGCUCUGGCGUACAAUUCCCUGAUAAUUUAAGAACAAGGCAUCCAUUGUUUGGCGUUAUUCACAAACAUGAAAAGAGCUCAAAGAAACGUAACUCAGUCAAAACUAGAAAUUAAAUAUAAUUUAAAUUUAAUUUGAUUUAAUUUGAUUUAAUUUAAAUGACUUUGUAAAAUAGAUAUAAUAAUUUGGUACAAACCAUUUUUUAAAACAAUCUGUAAAGAUGUUUACCUUGUCACACAUUAUAAUGAUUAUGAGAGUAC